ACAUAUUAUGUUAUACAGAUAUGAGCAGCGGCAGUCGUGCCCGACUAACCCCCGAAGCGGCUCCUCGCCCGGUCGCCAGUGCUCCUAGCCCUCAGGUGGCGGAGCCCCCGCCGGUCGCAGAGCCCGCGUAAGAACCCUUGUCUGAAGAGAAGAAGAGAUCCGUCAGGUCCAUGGUCGGACUUAGUCUCAACUUUGACAAUGAUGAGGUUGUUCUUGAAAUACAACAGCGCUUCCCGAUCCAGUACCAUGUGGCACUCGUUACAGAAAUCGUCAAUAUCGUACUAGAAAAAUCAGCAAAAGAUAUUGACACAGUGGCAAAGACGAUUCUACAUAUUGUCAACUUGAAUGUAUUGUCUGCGAGCCACUUCCUCGCUGGCAUUUCUGAGAUAUUUGAGUUUGGGCCCGACCUGUACAUUGACAUACCCAUGCUUUAUGUCUAUCUUAGUAAAUUUAUGACGCCUCUCAUUGAAAAUAAGCAUGUUACAUUUGCUCAAGUAUUUAAACUUUGCGAAAAGUCAAUAAUACCCGCAGAUCAUGGUCAUCUGAUAUUGAAAGCUAUUAUAAAUAGCCUUAAGGAGAGCAUGGGAGUGUCAUUUGUUAAGACCAAAUGGCAGGAGUCUGGAUUGGAGUUCAAGCAAUGGAUGAAUGAGGAUCAAGUGCCUAAAUGGUUAGAAGAUAAUAAAUUAGAGUAUCUUGUGAAGGACAUACCGUCUGAGGAAUCAAAGAUGAUACUGACCCCCGCUGAAGUUGAGAGUAAACUCUUACAGCUCAUGAACGCUGACGAGACUUGCGAUUGUGUGCGCGGUUGGAUACAGGACAAUGUGGGCACGUCCCGUGAGGAAGAGUGGAUGACGCGCGCGCUGAUGGCCGCGGUGUGCUCGCACGCGCUGCUCGGGGGCGAAGGCGCACGUCGCCUGUCUCGUGACCGCAUGCACAAGUACGCCCCGCUGCUGCACGAGCUGGCCGCACGCAGCGAGCUCGACUGUCUGCUGGCUGUGCAGCGUCUUGUGCACCGUCUUGAACAUCCGCAAGGUACGUCUACACACCACACACCACACACCACACAAGUACGCCCCGCUGCUGCACGAGCUGGCCGCACGCAGCGAGCUGGACUGUCUGCUGGCUGUGCAGCGUCUUGUGCACCGUCUUGAACAUCCGCAAGGUACGUCUACACACCACACACCACACACCACACAAGUACGCCCCGCUGCUGCACGAGCUGGCCGCACGCAGCGAGCUCGACUGUCUGCUGGCUGUGCAGCGUCUUGUGCACCGUCUUGAACAUCCGCAAGGUACGUCUACACACCACACACCACACAAGUACGCCCCGCUGCUGCACGAGCUGGCCGCACGCAGCGAACUGGACUGUCUGCUGGCUGUGCAGCGUCUUGUGCACCGUCUUGAACAUCCGCAAGGUACGUCUACACACCACACACCACA